AUGGAGGGCAUCGGGAAGAGAGAAGUCGUGGUUUCAGCUCUUCAAUUCGCCUGCACUGAUGAUGUCUCAACCAACGUUGCCACUGCUGAAAGGCUAGUUAGAGCUGCUCAUCAGAAAGGCGCAAAUAUCAUUUUGAUUCAGGAGCUGUUUGAGGGUUAUUACUUCUGUCAAGCACAAAGGGAAGAUUACUUUCAACGAGCAAAGCCAUAUAAGGAGCAUCCCACAAUAUUAAGGAUGCAGAAGCUUGCUAAGGAACUGGGGGUUGUAAUACCAGUUAGCUUCUUUGAGGAAGCAAACAAUGCGCAUUACAAUUCAAUCGCGGUAAUUGAUGCUGAUGGAACAGAUUUGGGACUUUACAGAAAGUCCCACAUUCCAGAUGGUCCAGGGUACCAGGAGAAGUUUUACUUUAAUCCAGGGGACACUGGUUUUAAGGUUUUCCAGACUAAAUUUGCAAAAAUUGGUGUUGCCAUUUGUUGGGAUCAAUGGUUUCCCGAGGCUGCCCGAGCUAUGGCUCUUCAAGGUGCCGAAAUACUGUUUUAUCCCACUGCUAUUGGUUCUGAGCCUCAAGAUCAAGGGCUGGAUUCUCGAGAGCACUGGAAGAGAGUGAUGCAAGGGCAUGCAGGAGCAAAUCUGGUACCUUUGGUGGCUUCAAACCGAAUUGGGAAAGAAAUCAUUGAGACAGAACAUGGGAAAAGUGAGAUCACAUUCUAUGGCAAUUCCUUCAUAGCAGGACCUACAGGAGAAAUUGUUGCAGCUGCUGAUGACAAGGAGGAAGCUCUUGUUGCAAAGUUUGAUCUGGAUCAGAUUAAAUACAAGAGAUAUAGUUGGGGUGUGUUUCGUGACCGGCGGCCCGAGUUAUACAAGGUGCUGUUGACAUUAGAUGGCAGCAAUCCUUCUUUGUAA